CCCACUUUCCCCCAAAGUUCAAUCUAAUUUUUAUUUGUUUCCACUUCUCGUUAUCCUUAUCCUUUUCAUUGCCGCAAGCUUUUGAUGAAAAGGGAUUAGUGCAACGACGUCGUUUUGCAUUCAGCCUCUAGGAAAUACCGGACUCUCGACUUCCCGAGAUCGAAAGAAAAAGGGAGAGAGGGCUUUGGUUCGCUCAGAGGGAAGAAAAUGUCCUCAUAUGAUAAUGUUAUUGGAGGGAAGCUAAAGCUAAAGGGAAAAGCCCUGGAUGUGAAGGCUGGUGGAGUGAAGAAAAAGAAGAAACACAAGAAGCAGUAUGAUCAAAAUUCUGAAGUCACCGAAAAUGAGCUUUCAGCAGAUGGAAGUACAAGAUUAUCAACUGAUCCCAACGAGGAAGAUCCAAAUGAUGCCAACAAAUCGAGUGGAGAAAAAAAUGCUGCUCCAUAUGAUGAUCAUCUCACGCCAGCUGAGAGACGAUACAUAGAGCAGAGAGAGAAACUGGAUGUGAACAGGCUGGCCAGGAUAUCUAAUAAAUCACACAGGGAUCGGAUCCAGGACUUUAACCAGUACCUGGCAAACAUGAGCGAGCAUUACGACAUCCCUAAAGUUGGACCUGGCUAACAAGUUGAAACAGAAUUUCAGAGUCCCAAGGCCAAAGGAGGAGGACUGCUUUCUCCCUUGGUGCAGGUACCUAGUGCUGUUAUUGCCCAUGUUGUUGUUGGGAGGGUUGGUGUUUGCUGUUUUCCAAAUUAUGCCUUCUUUCUGUUCAUCAACAAAAACACCAUCAUAGCUUUGCUUUGGAACUACUAAGUUAACACUACUGCAUCUUUGUGAGGAUUUGUCUUGUAGUAUAACUUCCUCCUGCCAAAAACUUUUAACCAUUUUAAUCUUGAUGUACUGAUUCUGUUUAUUGAUCAAUCAAUUGAAGUGAAUCAGCUGUUGUGCCUUUAGAUUGAAUGUGAACUGGAGGAAAUAGAAUGGAGGGAUGUGUUUUAUUCAGGAUUUAGGAGGAUAAUAUUAUAGAAAUAGAUGUGGAUGAAAAAAACAAUCUAGUAUAGAGAAAAUCUGAGCAUGGCUAGUUUGUGGUAAUGAUGGAUUAGAACCAAUGGAAUUGAGAGGGCUUCUAUUUCCUUCCUCAUUCUUCAUAAGAAAAAUGAUUUUCUUGUAUUUGGGUUUUCCAAGAAAAUUAAAUAUUAUUAAAGUUUGUUAGAAACUCAUGGGUAAUCAAUCUUUAGACAAAAGAGUUAAAAUAAGUUCUUUCUAUUGUCUAUCUCUUCCAUUUUCCUCAAAAUUUUCAAGAAUCAAAUAUGGCUUAAAUCUGAAGAGGAGGUCUUCUUUUAUGGUCACCUUCAAAUUGGGUUUGGAUGGAAUUUGCUUGGAAUAUUGUUUUAAUUUUAAUUGUUAUACAUUUAUAUUGAAAAUGUAAAUAGCAAAAGAGACAAUUUUAAAGGAAUAAUAAAAAAGAAAAAUACCUUAUCUAUUUUUUCAAUUAAGUGAAUUAUGAGAUGUACAAUUAUAAUUCUAGGUCUUGCACUUCAUAAUUAUUAAAGAAAUAUUUGGUUAAAAGAGAUAAAAUAAUCCUUAAAUUGUAAAUUUAACAAUUUUCAAGUUUUUACUUGAAAAGUAAUCAUUUUUUUUAAUAUAUAUAAAUAUUUUUUACCAUUUUAAGUAUUUUUAUGUAAGUUUAACAAGAAAAUAAUGAAAAUAUUUUUAUCAAAAUGAGAUAAAAAAAGGACAAAAUGUUAAAUUUCAAAAUUUUAAUUUUCAUUAACCUUUUUAAUCAAAUAACCCAUUAUUAAAAACGCAUUUAAAAUAAAUGUUAGAUGUUGCCUUCCCCAUCUUGCCAUAUUCAUUUAUAAUAUAAAAGUAUUCCUUAUAUUAUAAGAAGUUGUUGGAACCACCUAUAAAAAAUAAUUGGAAAUACCUCAAAUUUGUUCUAAAAAUCAACAUGUUUUAAAAAUAAGUUUUUAUUUUUAUUUUUAUUUUUCUCAAGAAUUUCCUAGAAUAUUCGAUACAUAUAGUAGGUAACUCUCCAAGCAUGUUCAAAGGUCGGUAGGGUUGAGACUAAGCCCUCUCUGCUCAGCUCCUUGCUCUUCAAGGAAAGUUACAAAUGGAAACUUCCUUGAACACCACCACAACCAUUCAUGACAAGAACUGGUCAAUGUGUUGGUGUCUUCCUUCGUUUUCUUUUCUUUUCUUUUUUGAAAAUUCAACGUCAGAGUCAAUGGUGAAUACGAAGAAUAUUCAAACUUUGGAAAUGGAACACACCAAAAUCUCAAAACUUACUACAAAUCCACCUCAAGCCACCAUGGGAGGAUGUAGCAGGACAGGGACAGAGGUUGAAGUCUUUAACAAACCUCACAUCCUCUUCCUUCUCUUCUUCACCAUCACCCAAAAACACCUCCAUACCAACUCACUCCUGAGUCCUGACAACCCUCAAAAUCUCUUCAACAAUAAUUCACCAUCUCCCACAUCACAACUAUACCCAACAUGUUGUCAUUAGCAUUCCAAAAUCGGAAGAGCGCAGCAGCAGUGCUGUCUACGGCUGCUUCUCUAGCUGCUUCAGCCAUGCUCAUUCGCAGCAUCGCCAACGACCUCCUGCCCAACGAAGUCCACGACUACUUCUCCUCCACCCUCCACAACCUCUCCCGCUACUUCUCCUCCCAACUCACCAUCGUCAUCGACGAAUUCCAAGGCCUCUCUAUGAAUAAACUCUUUGAGGCUGCUGAUGUCUACCUUGGCACCAGAAUGACCCCCUCAGUCAGAAAAAUUAGAGUGGUUAAGGGCGAUGAGGAGAAGAAACUGGCUGUCACCAUGGACAGGAACGAAGAAAUUGUCGAUGUUUUUGAGAAUGUUAGAGUGAAGUGGACGAUGGUUUGCAGACAAGGUCAGGCAUUAGGCCGUGGAAACAGCCGAAACAGGGGAGAGACUCCGAGGUUGGAGGUUAGAUCAUAUGAGCUGAGUUUCAACAAGAACUAUAGAGAUAUAGUGUUGGAUUCUUACCUGCCAUACAUUUUGGAGAGAGCCAGGGCCAUCAAAGAAGAAAACAAGGUGGUGAAGCUCCACACAGUGAACUAUUCCAACUGGGAUUUGGGUUCGAUUCUUCUGGAUCACCCCAUGACCUUCCAGACUCUGGCCAUGGAUUCAGAGCUGAAGAAGGAACUGGUGGAGGACCUGGACAACUUCGUCAAUGGAAAGGACUACUACAGAAGAAUUGGGAAAGCUUGGAAGCGAGGGUACUUGCUGUAUGGCCCUCCAGGGACUGGAAAAUCCAGCUUGAUUGCAGCCAUGGCGAAUCACCUCAACUACGACAUCUACGACUUGGACCUCACAAAUGUGAAUUCCAACUCCGAUCUCAGGGCCCUCCUUCUUGCCAUGUCUAGUAAAUCGAUACUGGUCAUCGAGGACAUUGACUGUAUGAUCAAGUUACAAAACCGAGACUCUGAAGAACGAUGGCAGCCGCAUAAAAAUCAGGUGACCCUCUCGGGUUUGCUCAACUUCAUCGAUGGGAUUUGGUCAUGCUGCGGCGAUCAGGGACGAAUCAUCGUCUUCAGCACGAACCACAGGGACCAGCUUGACCCAGCUCUGCUGAGGCCUGGCCGGAUGGACAUGCAUAUUCACAUGUCAUACUGCACCAUUUCUGCAUUCAAGCAGCUUGCCUUGAACUACCUGGGGGUCUGGCAGCAUCCUCUCUUUGACCAAGUUGAGGGCCUGAUGGGGGAGGUGAAGGUCACUCCUGCAGAGGUCGCCGGUGAGCUGAUAAAGAGUAAAGAUCCCGAUGUCUCCCUUCAGGGCCUCCUCGGCUUUCUUCACAGCAAAAAUGAAGCAAAACCCCAGAAGGAAAUGGAAGCAGAAGACAGAUCAGAUUGAGGAUUGAUGUAAAUAUGUUUGUAGGAACAGAGAGGCAUGAUCACUUGAUAUUGGUUUGUGGGUGAAAAUUCUACAAUGCAAUAUUGAAGAAAGUAUUCAAAAAGAUUGAAUCAUAGACUCAUGCUUCCAUUAGCCCCAAAAGAAGAGCUGUUUCUAGGAUUAAAUAUACUUUAUUCCCUUUCAUCUUUUGAUCGUGUUUUACAUUCUAUCCUUUUCAAAACUCAAUACUUCAUUU